UUUAAGUGGUGCAUCGGGUAUUUUCUUUUACUCAUUCAAUUUUGAAACUGUUUUUGUUUCAUUUAUAACUGUUUAUUAUCAUCCCUACAUUUCCAUGUAGCAACUAUGCAUGGGUACUUAUUCUGUAAUGAAGACCCACUUAGAGCUGUUUUCUCUUUCUUUAUGCAGUGAACAUGUUGAGGUUGCCUGACUGCAUUCUCUUAAGAGAUCUGUCAGUAAAACAGAGCAGUAAAACACAAUUAUUCAUCUGUUUCCAGUUAGUAUGUUCACCACGAGCCUAACUGCAUUGUGACGUAGUCAGGCACAAAAGGAGAAGUGAAAAAAUUCUGUCUGAUGUUUUAUCUGUGAAAGGUAAAGUCACAUUAAUUCCUGCACAAACUAAUAUUAUCAGCUAGUAGUGUGGUUACAUAAAGAAAACCGGAAGUUUUGAAAUGACACAGUCAAAUAUAUCCCUUGCACACUAAAUUUCACUGAAAUGUGUUGUGUAACACCCUUGUUAAAUCUCUUCAGAUCUGAUAACGCCUUAUAAGUUUUUUCCAAACAGCACUGACAGGGCUCAACUGAAAGAUCUUUCUCUCUUACACAUUUUAUAAGACCAUUCUCUCUUAGGUUACAUUAUCAGUCUGACUUUUCUUCCCUCUGUUGCAACUUGUCAGCAUUAUUUAAAUGUCUUGUAUCUCCUACUUUGAAGCUGGUCUUGAGCAUUUCUCAAGUGUAAACUCCUCAGUAAUGGUCAGUGAGCUUUAAAGCUUUCUACUGCAUGAUUAAAGUAAAAUGUUGAAGACCUAACUGGCUGUAGAAGCUAUCAAAAGCCAGUUUGGGCAUAAUCAAGCAAUCAGUCUCUUCAGGCAACUCUUUGAUUUUGAACUCACUCAGUAACCCACUUUGUCUGGAAACCUGAGUUGUGUGUGCGAAAGUAAACUGUAAAAAUACUCUUGAUAAGAUUGUAAACUGUGCUGUGGUAAACAGAGCCAUUCAGAGACUCUUUAAUGGCAUCUGGUUGCUUAAAGAACAGCUCUACGUCACUGAUAAUUUGCGUUUUGCACAUUUUCAACUCCGCUUGAAGCACCACAUCCUGAUAGGCUGAAACAGAGCAGCGGUGCGACAUCCUGCCUACAAAGAGCGUUUCUCUUUUUUCUUCUUCUUUUUUUGCUGUUCCUCAUCACGGUCUUGUUCACAAAGCGCAGCUCUGAUAUCCAGCUUGACCUGACCUAGUGUAAUCCACAAAGUCAUUUUUGCUUCGCCCGACAAGGUCUCAGCCGAUCACUUCAUCUCUCUUCGUCCUCUCGAGCGCUCAUCCGCUUGAGCGACAGUCGCCACAGCGCGCUGUCCAAACCGGGCAUUAGAAGAAGUAGAUCGAAGGCAUCGGGGGAGGACUCUGAGGAAGACAGGCUGAUCACUGGGAGGUAGAGAGGCGAAUAAAAUCGCACGGAGAAGCUUACGCACGAAUCCCGAUUUGUUUACCCUGCACCGGGCACGGAGGAGCGCAGUCUUUACGCACAGUCAGAAGAGCGGACUGGGGGGCGUCUUGUCUGUCACCAUCAUGCCAGCGGCAACAGCUUCAAUAACAGAUGUGGCCAGAACGGAUUUUACUAACAAAAAUGACAACCGGAAUAACUCAGGUCAUUCCCAGGCUCAGUGCACACCCAUGCCCCUGCCAGCCCUGGGCACCCAGAGGAUCAUCCAGGGCAAUGGAACUAAUGUGGGCACAGUCAUAUCCCUGCAGUGCCCAGCCAAUCACAAACUGAUAGGAAAAGAGCUGAUGUGUGUCAGGGACAUCAACAGCACCCACUGGGUGGGGGAGACUUACUGUAAACCUCUGUCUCCCUAUGAGGACUAUGGUUUCCGUGUGGCUGUGCUGGCAUCCAUUGUAAGCUCAGCCAUAAUCUUCUUCAUGUCCAUGGCCUUCAUCACCUGCUGUUUGCUCGACUGCAUCAAAGAGGACGAAAGGAAAAAGCAGGAGAGGGAGACAGAGUUGUGGCAGUGGGAGGAGCAGACCCAGCAGCAGGGGGACAACAGGUCUCGCUACAGCCAUAAAGGCAGGAACAACAACAACAACAACGCCCAGGAGAAGGCGCUUUCACUGUGGGACACCCACAGCCCAGCCCCGUAUGACAACAUGCAAGCCUACAGAUGUCAUCAGCAUUACGCCUAUGGUCCUGUCUGCACCUACGAUCCCCCUCCUCCACAUGCUCCUCUGCCCGGCGUCGACUACGACCAACCUCUCUUACCCCGAAACCCAGAAUCCACACAGAUUUCUGGUCCACCUCAAUACCACGGACCUCCUCCGUCCUCCUUUCAAACUCCGAGUCCAGGCGUGGUCCAGAUCUCAGGACCUGGUUUGGUGUGGCAGUAUGGGGGACAGCAGAGCGGUCCAUCAACCGCAGAUGAUUCCAACACAAGGAACAUAAACUCUGCCAAAGAAUUUUCCAUACGGAUUAUAUCAGUGUGAGGACACAUUGCGAAUGAUGUGAAUACCAUCAGUCAAGAAGUUGUUUACUGACCAAAUCUGUACAACGGUGUCAACUUCGUCAAUAAGGACUACAGGAAGUUAAAACUGAGCAUUCCUUGUCUUGUUGAAAUUGUUAUGUCUGCAGCACUGUACAGUAUGAAGGCUCUAAAGGCUUACUGAUGUGCCUUUUGUAAACUGCGAUGGCACACUGCCCUCUGUCUGAAAAGAGGAGCUAUUGCACUUUGAGGAUGACAGCCUUGUUGGAUGGCACUCCUCUGUAGUUAGAAGGUCAAGGGACUUUCUUGCCCUUAAUUGAGCUUCUCAUAAACUAAUUAGAUAGUUAAGUUGAGGUUAACGAUUAAAGUGUUUAUCAGGGGGCAUAGGUCACAACACAUUGUAGGCAGCUGAGGAAGUUGGGUGAGAAACUCAUCUCUGGGCAGGAAAGUCUACUUUGUUUGGACAAGGAGAGAAGCUGGAAAGCACCGGCGAGUGUGUAACUAUAAUUUUUAAGGAAUGUAAAUAAAUAAAAGAGUACUGAUAACGACUGAGACUGUAUUGCAAUGGGAAGACGGUGUACAAUGAAUGCAAAUGUCAAGCCAAACCAGUAACGUGCAGUGAUUUUUACUGUCCUGUGUAAUGGUGUAGCUUAUACACAUUUAUUUCAAGUGGCAUGGUGAAGAAUGUAUUAAUGAAAACACAAAGGCAACAACUAUUGUUAUCAUUGCUAUUAUUACUAUUAUUAUUAUUAUUGACAGGCCUAAAUGAUCAGGCUCAGUCCUCAUUAUAAAUU